UUGGCUUCAUUGAGGAUCAGGUCCUGAAGAAAGCCUUCAGUAAUCAGUAUUUUCAUUCCCUCUGCCUAAAAAUCAGAUUGCUGGAUAUUUGAUAGCUGUAUUUUCCCACAACAAGCUCGGCAGGUGAGACUUUCAAAAAUGGAAGGACUUGUUCAUACCCACUUGAAUGAUCAAAUUCGACCCUAUUUGGACCUCAUCGACUCACUGCGUCUAAUGGGCAUCGAUCAGGAUCUGCCCCUGCCAGCGAUAGCUGUGAUCGGAGACCAGAGCUCAGGGAAGAGCUCCCUGCUGGAGGCGCUGUCUGGAGUGGCUCUACCCAGAGGCAGCGGCAUUGUGACUCGAUGCCCGCUGAUGCUGAAGCUGAGGAAGCUGAAGGGAGGUGUGCAGUGGAGGGCGAUCAUCUCCUUCAGUGGCACAAGGAAGGAGUUCACAGACAAAUCUCAGGUUGAGGAGCAGGUCAAAACUGCCCAGAACGAGCUGGCUGGAGACGGUGUUGGGAUCUGUGACGAGCUGAUUAGUCUGGAGAUCCUGUCCCCUGAUGUGUGUGACCUCACUCUGAUUGAUUUACCCGGCAUUGCCCGGGUUCCUGUUAAAGGACAGCCUGAGGACAUUGGAGACCAGAUUCAAGUGCUCAUUCGCCGUUUUAUUGAGAAGAGUGCAACCAUCAACUUGGUGGUGGUCCCAUGUAAUGUCGACAUAGCAACAACUGAAGCUCUCAAAAUGGCUCAGGAAGUUGACCCAGAUGGGAAAAGAACUUUGGGCAUUCUGACUAAGCCCGACCUCAUAGAUCAUGGCACAGAACAGAACAUUCUGGAUAUAGUAAAUAAUCAGGUCAUCCCGCUGAGCAAAGGCUACAUGAUUGUGAAGUGCCGCGGUCAGCAGCAAAUUCAGGAUGGGAUUCCUCUUGAGGAGGCCACCAGGAUGGAGAGAGAUUUCUUCAGCCAACAUGAGUACUUCAGUGGUCUUUUCACUGAGGGAAAGACCACAACCCAGAGCCUUGCCACCAAACUGACCCAAGAACUGGUGCGCCACAUCAAAGACUCUCUGCCAACAGUAUCGGACAAGGUUAGAGAUGAGCUGUUUGCAUCCAAGAAGCAGAUGACUCAGUAUACUGAGGGUCCUCCAACAGAUGCUCCAGGAAGGAAAAGAUACCUUGUUGAUGCCAUAUUCAGGUUCACCAGCCAAAUCAACAACUUGGCAGCUGGGGAAGAUAACCUGCAUGUGGCUCUGCGGAGCCAUUUUGAAAAGUGGCUAGAUGAUCUUGAGAGGAGCCAGCAACCAUCAGUUUCUAAAGAGAUACUCGAUGUGGUGAAACAGUAUGACAAGAAACACAGAGGGAGAGAGCUCCCUGGUUUCAGCGACUACAAAGUGUUUGAGAUGGUCGUCCAGAAACUGGUGAAGAAACUUCAGGACAAUGCACUGUACAUUUUGGGAGUCAUCAGAGAAACAGUUCAUAAGCACUUUGUUAAUGCCGCAGAUCCAAUCUUUUCAAACUACCCUAACCUCCGGUGUGUCACAAUGAACAUGAUCGACAAAAUCCAGUCGAGACAGGAGGUCAAAGUGGAGGAGAGAAUCAAGGAGCAGUUUGAGAUGGAGGCACUGGUGUACACGCAGGACAAAACCUUCUUGAAAACCCUGAAAGGUUUAUCUGAGGACAACAGUCCAGAGGAAUUUCACGAGUGUGAAAUUCCUGGGACAUCUAAAGAUGAUAGGUUUAAGUACACUGGAAUGUUUAAGGCAUACUAUGAGGUGCAGUACCCCCACUGUGUUCUUAUACAGUAUUGUAUUUAUUUCAAGAGAUGACCUGUCAGUUUGUGAAAACAGCUGAGAAAUACUGGUUAAACUAUAACCCUUCUCUCUCUCACUCUCUCUCUCUGUCUCUGUGUCCAUCUCAGAUAGUGAUACAGCGCUUGGCAGACCAGGUCCCCAUGCUGAUCCAGUUGUUCUUGUUGAAGCAGUCAGCACAGUUGCUGUGUACUGAGAUGCUGAGCCUCAUCGAUGGCGUGGAUUUGGACAAGGUCCUGA